AUGGCCGCGAAUUUGAGAUCGCUGAGACACAUUGACAGGUGUUCAAGAAUCCCUUCACAAAGAGGAUGGGUUACUGGCCGGCGCUUCUUCAGUGAUGAAGUGCCGAAGCAUAUUGGUUUUGCUCCCCGCUUUUUUGACUUCAAGGCCACUGGUUGUGUGCUCAAAGAGAAGAAGGAAAGCCUUUCUGAAGCAGAACUUAGAGAGGUCCGCCGGGAAUAUGCUCUUCCCCCACCUGAAGGCUGGACAAUCCAGAACUUUUUGGAGCACAUGAAAUUUGGGGAUGGAGCAGAAGAUGUUGCCAACCUCUUUGAGCACUGGAAGGAUUUCAUUUCAAUGUCUCCUCGUGACAUUAUGCGAAUUCCAGACAUCACAGCGGAACAAAGACGCAAGCUGGACAAAUACAUUACUCUUUUCAAUCAUGGUCUGUGGCCACGAGUAUCUGCAGAUAUCUUCAAAGAAAGAUUCAACGGAUCUUUGGCAUUUGAAGGAAAACCAUGGACUCCUCAAGAUGACCAGCGGCUUCUUGAAUUGGUCAAGCCAGGAGAAGAAGGGGGCUACGAUGUCAACUUUGGAGAUCCAUGGCUCUACAUUUCGUGGGAAAUGCAGAGAAGGGAGGACGACGUGCAGCAGCGCUACGUCGAGCUUGUUGUGAAGCAAAGAGAAAGGAAGACACAGCACGAAUUUGCAAUCACGAAGGCAUCAAGACCCCUGCACAUGCACAGAUCGCUGCCAGAAUGCAAGGAGAAUAAGGAAAAUUGA